ACCACUCCUCCCGUCCCUAUCCUCUCGCCACAGUAGCUUCCAGGCGAUUCCGCAGUUCCUCCGCCGAUUCGCCGUCAACCUCGCCUUUGGCGCCCUCGUCGGCGUCGGAGGAGGAGGGUGACCGGUCCAAUCGGCGGUGGAUCGACUCCCCUGCAUAUAUUAGCUAUAUAGUAGGGUUAGGGUUACCGGUGGGGCUUGCUAGUUGUUCGCCGGUUCUUUUGAUUCCCUGGAUCAGCAUCGGAAGAGGCGGAUGCGGCGGACCCGGCGACGGUGUUGGCGAAGCUUAAGCUCUUUCCUUCUGCGUUGGUCCAUGGAGAAUAAAAGGUAACCUUGCUACUUUUGGGGUCCUGUGGGGGCUCUGGUUGUUGGCAAGGUUGUGCUACCUGUGCUGCUGUGGCCGUUUUGCUCAACGACGGCGUGGAUGCGGUGAAGCCAGAUCGAAUUACGGUGCGGCCUUCUCCGGUAUCUUUGCUGGCUUCCUUGUUUAUGCAGAUGGCGGUGGCAUCAGCAUCAGGUUCUUUCUACCAACUUGGGGAACUGGGUUGGUUUUAGCUCCCACCUCUUCUUGUGGUUUCCUCCCCCUCCUGGGUGUUCUGUUGGCCGGUCUGCCGGGGUGGUUGAUGGUUGUGGCGCCAGGCUUCCUGUGGUCCGGCAAUGUGAGGGCCAUUGGCCUUUUUUUUGGCAUGUGCGUUCAGCGGGUAAAAAGUAUGUCAGUGAUACUGGUGUGCUGCUCUUGAUGCUGUUUAAAACCCUUGAAUCAUCUUCGUAAGAGGGGGUGGUCGGCUUCAACGCGACUGUUCCGGCCGCCGGCAACGAGGAUGACCGGGAAAAGCUUACAAGGACUGGAAUAUAAUUUUCUUUUUUUACAAGGAUGUCUUUGUAAGAGUGGGGUUGUAAACCAUCAAAAAUAUUUGUGAAAUAAGUCCGGUUUCUCAAAAAAAAAAACUAGUACUAUACUUUUUCAAAAAAAAUACUAGUACUGUACAGUUGGGUCUUGAACAGUUAGCCCAGCCCAUAGACGAAUUCUCCCUCUGUCUCCCUCUCUCCCAGCGCUGACCGCCUGACCUGCUGGCUGGCAUCGGGGAAUCCGCGACCCUUGUCGUUGGGGAUGAAGUCCGACAGCGACUAGAUUCGCCGCGGAGUCUUUGAGAAUGGGAGACUUCGAGUAGCGGACUAGUGGUCGUGGGGAAGCAGCGGAUCUCGCCGACGACGCGUGUGCCCUCCCCCUCCCUGACGGUCAAUCUUGCGGUGCGGCCUCGGUGGCCUCGCCCGGGCACGGCGGCGCCAGGACGGCGGCCGGCUUCCACAGGAACCACUUCUUCGCCAUUGCUUUCGAGUGACGUCAACUCAGAUGCGUGAAGCUGCCCAACCGAUUUGUUCGCUGAGGACUUUAAUGGAGAUGUGACGGGUUUAGUUCGCGGAGAACUGAAAGUCGCCAGCUUCCGUUCCAAGAGAUAGGCAGGGUCCCUCCACCACACCAGUUCAUAGCGAGUUGCUUGCAGGAUCCUCGGGGUCUGCUGCGCUGCGGGUUCUGAUCAGUCUGGCAGCUUUCCCUCUGAUUCUUUCGAGAGGACUUCCUGCUCUCGUUUACCUCCUGCAUCCGAUACAGAGGUAUGUUCAUCCGGGCCAUGGGUGUGCUUCUAUAAUCAGUUUGUGUGAGAUUAUUUGAUUCUCGAUACUCUUCCUUUUUGUGCCAAUGCUUUUGAUGUGUAACUCAGCAGAUUGUCCCACCUUUUGCCGAUCUUCUCAACAACAACAACAUAGCCUUUUUUUUCCCAAGCAAGUUGGGGUAGGCUAGAGAUGAAACCCGAAAGAAAUAAGUUCAAAGUUCAGGCAUAUUGAUAGAGUCUCCAAGCGCUCCUAUCCAAAGCUAUCUCUUUAGAGAUAUUCCAAUCCUUAAGGUCUCUUAACCGACUCAUCCCACAUCAGUUUAGGUCUACCUCUACCCCUCUUUACAUUAUCGACCCGCUCAAGAACCCCAUUACGCACCGGCGUCUCAGGAGGCCUUCGUUGGACAUGUCCAAACCAUCUCAGCCGAUGCUGGAUAAGUUUCUCCUCAAUUGGUGCCACCCCGACCCUAUCCCGAAUAACUUUGUUCCGGACUCUAUCCCUCCUUGUGUGCCCGCAAAACCAACGCAACAUCCGCAUCUCUGCUACACUCAGUUGCUGGACAUGUCGCCUUUUUGUAGGCCAACAUUCAGCACCGUAUAACAUCGCCGGACGAAUUGCUGUCCUAUAUAAUUUGCCUUUUAACUUUUGUGGCACCCUCUUGUCACAAAGGAUGCCAGAAACUUGCCGCCAUUUCAACCAGCCAGCUGAAAUUCUAUGCCUAACAUCUUCAUCAAUGUCGCCAUCCUUUUGUAGCACCGAUCCUAAAUACUUUGCCGAUCUUCUCACAUGUGUAGAAAACCAGGAUAGGUCGAAUGGCAUAAACUUGACUAGAGACUUGCUGAAAUUGCUGAAUGCAGUAGUCUGUUAGUCCCAUAUUAUGUUGGUAACAUCCUUCGCCUCUUCUAGUUCUGCUGAUCUAUGCACUGUUUGUGAUGUUGACUUGCAGCUAUGUUUUUGCACACAUUCAGCUAUGUUUGCACUGAUCUAGUCAUAUUUGGUGUUCGAACACGCUUAUUUUUCACAUACACAACAGAUGCCGUAAUUCUUUAACAAACAUCUUCGAGUUGAUCAUCCAAUGCCCUUGCAACUUGCAUAGCUACAAUUCUCAGUCACAUCGUAAAUGGCUCAGAAUACCUCCGAAGAAGACAUAGAAAAUGUGCCAUAUUCAGAUCCAAAUUCACCAAUUCUGACUGGAUAUCGGGUAUCAGUUCCUGCUCUUGAUGAUGGACUAGCGCUAGGGACACUCCGUCAUGAACAAAGACUUCUUGAUUUCCUGAAGGCCACUCCCUCAGUGCAAUGGAUAAAGAAAAUCAAUCUUUGUUCACCAUUGAUAAAAUUUCGGCUGGCAUCCUCUAGCGUCCGUGGUAACCUUCAUGCUCACUUCAUCAGAACAAUCAGCUGGGGUUCAGUUUUCACUGUAUGCAAGAAAUGGCUCAAGCAUCCCAUGAACAUUGCUCUCCUAAUAUGGCUGCUCUGUGUUGGUGCUGCUGGUGCCAUGUUAAUCUUGCUUCUAUUAGGACUCCUGAAUGAUGCAUUCCCUUCCAAGUCCUUAAGAAAUCAAUGGAUAGAGAUUGACAAUCAAAUCCUCAACGCCCUCUUCACCCUCUUGAGCAUAUACGAGCACCCAAAAUUAAUCCACCAUACUGUUCUUCUCUACCGGUGGCAGCCCGAGGACGCAGCCGAACUAAGGAAAUAUUAUUGCAAGAAUGUGGCAUGCCGUCCCAAUGAGCGAGCACACAUAUCCUUUGUGGUGGUUCUCCUCCACAUCACUUGCAUCUCCCAGUAUUCUGAUUGUGGCCUCUACUGGGCCUACUCCAGCAAAUCACGCUCUGAAUUUGCUGACAACUUCUUCUUCAUCCUAGGCAUUGCUGCACCGGUCCUUGCUGGAGUGUACACAGUGUACAGCCCUCUUGGCAGGGACUAUGAUGUCGUGUCUGAUGAAGAAACCAAACAACUGGACGCAGUUCUAGUCGAGUCAUCAGAAACAAGGACAGUAGUGAGCAACCCCGCAUGGGCAGGUGGGCUGUUUGAUUGCAGUGAGGACCCCACAGCUUGCUAUCUCUCUUUCCUCUUCACAUUCUGUGUGUUUGGUUGGAACAUGGAGCGACUUGGGUUUGGCAACAUGUAUGUGCACACAUUCACAUUCCUGUUGCUGUGUGUCACGCCAUUCUGGUUGUUCAACAUCACAGCGAUGAACAUCCACAGCUACAUCUUUGGUGAUUUCAUCGGUGCUGCAGGGAUUAUCCUGUGUUUCUUUGGCCUGCUAUAUGGGGGUUUCUGGAGGAUCCAGAUGAGGAAGACAUUUGGGCUGCCCAGAAGCAGGUGGUUCUGCGGAUCAGCAUCAUUGACAGACUAUGUGCAGUGGCUGUUCUGCUGGCCAUGCUCUCUUGCGCAGGAGGUCCGCACGGGAAACCUGUAUGAUGCAAAGGAUGGGAACUUCUAUGAGAAACUGAUGGACGGUGGUGAUGUGGAGAACGGAUCAGGAUUGAUAGUUGUGACAGAAUUACCAGUAUCUAUGGGAGUAGAAGAGGGGAAUAGUAUCAAUGCCAAACUCGUGGCAGAUGGUGAAAUGAUUCCACCCACCCAACCAGUAAUAGAAUGUGGGGAGAGGGAAGGAACUGAUUCAGAAGUUGUGGCAAAUUGUAGCAUCCAGCUCAAAAGCUAACCCACUGAUAAAGGAUGAUUUGAGUUAUGGUGUUCAGAAGUAGCCAAGUCACUCUUCUUCUUUGAUUGGCACCACCUUUUUCAGCACUAUGCUCUUCUGUUGUCAAUUACUGUUUAGUAUGUCAUUUAGCUCAUUUAUGUUAAAAGGUAAAUGGAAUGAAUGGGCAAUGAUCUAAGGAAGUACAGCGGCAAAUAGAUGUAAAAAUGUUUAGAUGUCAAUAUUUCAUGUUUAUAAAAUAUUAACAGAGGACAAAAAUGUAAUGUUUGACCGCGAUUUCAAUAGCAGGUUUAAAGCCUUUUAUAGAGCAACUAUGUAAGUUGGCUAAUGCAAUCAGUAACUUAAGGAAUUGGUUGGCGACAGUUCAAAAGACAAAAAGGGGAUUCUUAUCUA